AUGUGUGGAAUAUUUUUGGGGCCGAAAUAUGUCUUGUUUGACUGCUUUGAGUCUCUACCGACUGGAUUUUUCGACUCCCUUAUAUCCUUUAUUGCGGAUGACAAUGAGAUUUCUAGGGUCAUUUUUGUUGUCCGUUUGUCUAUGAAUGAAAGUAAUAUUUAUUCGAAAUGUUCGGAAGAAAGUCUUAGUCAGAUUGCAACUACUUGCUUGGAAUUUCCUUCAGCUAAAACAGUGUUGGACGCUCUGCUUCAUACUCUUCUGGUGGAUAAGUCUUUGUUUGAACUUCUCAGGGAUGUCUUUCUAAAUGGGAGUUACUCUUUGACUGAAGUGAGGAAAUUAUUGAAAUUGGCUGUUUUGCGGUUUGUAGCUGUACACAGUGAUAAAGAAGUACUCAUUUCACCCUACCAAGUGGAUGUUUAUUCAUCUUUGUUAGAUUUAUUAUUCCGGAUAAACAAGGAUUUUUUGGACGAAAAUCCUAGCAAAAAUGAGUUACAUUUAAUGUUGCAAGGUGACUACUUUUUUAACAAGGAGAAUUCGGUCCUUCAAUUAUGGAAAUCAUACUGGUCAUCACUGGAUGCUGACAAAAUGAUUUCAUAUGUUAGAGAACUGCAAGGGAUACUUGAAAAAGUUGAUUGUCCAUUUUUGCCAACUGUCAGAGCGUUUGAAGAAGAUUUGCUCAACCUUGACGAUCGUGAGUCAGAAAUGCGCAAAUCGUUAAACAUGAGUUCUGGAACACCUGUCAAAGACGGACCAAAGGAGUCCCGUAAAGGUCUGCAGGCAUACUAUGAGGACCAAGCCAAACUCAGAGUUUUCUCGCAGUACCUGAUACCAUACCACCAGCUGCCAACUGCCAAAUCACGACUUUUGGUAGGAUCAGCAACCAUCAAGGACUUAUGUUUUCCAAACUUCAGAGCAAACGUCGAACAUGAUGUUUCCAGAACAGUUGAUUUAGAGUUGGCAAAUGAACAAUUAGACAUUUCUUAUGUUUACCGGGCGAUACAAGUUUUGCUGAAAUCGAAGAAGAAAAUUACCGUUGAUGAAUUGUUGCCUUUGCUGGAAACUCAAUUAAGUUCUUUUCCUGAGAUCGAUAUCAGCACAAGAAUCUUUCGUUGUCUUGGUGAACUUGAAUUUCUUGGUAUAAUUAGCGCUGUACGCCGACGAGGUAAUACGGCUUUACAAAGUUACAGUAUGGAAUCUAACGAGACCGAGAAAGUUGAUAGUUCAGGCACAGGAAGUGUUUUGGAUAGUCAGGUGGGAGACCACUCGACAGCAAAAAAAGCAGUGGAAGAAAUUGAUGAACAGGUGGCGCUUGAUGGUGCUUGUUUUUGUUAA